AUGAAUGAACAAAAAUUAAAAAAAAAAAAAUUUUUGAACAACCUACAACAUAAUAUAUGUAAAAAUUAUAAAUUAUAUAAUAAUGAUUUUUAUGAUCAGUUUGAUAAAUUCCUUUUUAAUUAUAGUGUAUUAUUAUUAAAUCCAUCUAAAAAAAAUGAUUUAUUAUGUAGUCAAUUAACUUUUUUAAGUUAUACUAGUCAUUUUUUUAGUAAAAUAAAUGAAAAUAAUUAUAUAGAUAAUUAUGAAAAUUCAUCUAAUAUAUUUUCUAGUUAUGAUGAUAAAGAUACAGAUUUUAAUUUAAGUGAUAUUGAUAUAGAGGAAGAAGAUGAAGAAGAACAAAAACAAAUAAUGAAAAAUAUAAAAAAUAGUUUUGAUUCAGAUAAUGAAGAUAAUGAAUUGCUCAAUAUAAAUAUAGAUUUAAAAAAAAAAGAAAUACUGAAGAGUUUAAAUAAAGAAAAAGAUGAGAAAGAAAAUAUAAAAAAAAAAGAAGAUAAUCCUUUAAUUAUUUAUGAAGAUUUAAAUGAAUACAUUAAUUUUUUAAUGAUUAAAAAUAAGGAAGAAUUAAAUUACACAGAUGAAUUAUUUUUUUUAGUUAGUCAGUUGUUAAUUCAUUUUAAACAUAUUUUGUAUAGUACUGUCCUAUUUAGCAUUAUUAAGACAAUCAAACAAAUGAAACGGCAUAUUGAUAGCAUAAAAUAUUUGCAAGUGUUAGUUUUUAUUAGUGAUAUAAAGUUUAAUAAAAUAAAAUAUUAUAUUUUUAAAUGUGUCAUUGAUAAAGUAGUACAAAUAAAUAUGAAGACGAAAAACGAAAGAUUAAAAAAUGAAAUUUUAUGUUUGUUACAUGAAGCCUUUAUUGAAAAUGGUCAAAAAAAAAGAAUACGAAAAAAAUAUUCUGCAUCAAAUUUUAAUUAUUUUUCUGGUAUAAAUAUAUCGGAAUGUAUAAAUAAUUUUGCUUGUAGUGUAUUAAUAGAACUAGCUAAAAAAAGUAUUUAUGUGAACAAAAAAAAUGUGAAUAUUAUAUCUGAAGGGAUUUUUUAUAAAAAUUUAAAAAUAGUAAAAUGCGUAUGUUUUGCUUUAUUAGGAAAAUAUGAUAAUAAAGAGUUAGUUGUGAAAAUAGAGAAAGAAAAAAUAGAUAAAAAUAAAAAAAUAGAUGAAUUGAAAAAUAUCAGUAACCAAACACAUCAAAAAUUAAGCAAGUCUAAAAUAAAACAGUUGCAUUUAAAAAAAGAAAAAAUUAUGGAACAAUUGUAUAAUAAUCAUAAUUCUUCGGAUGAAGAACAAAUGGAUAAAAAAAAAUUAAGCAAAUAUGUAAAUUAUACUUUUAUUGAUCUAAUUUAUGAUGCAUAUAAAUUUUCUUCAAAUAUAUUUAACUUAAUUUGUUUAAAAUAUAAAUUUAAUAAUGGAGUCAUAAAAUUAUUAUUACUAAAUAUUUUAAGUAGGAUAUAUCAAAGGAAUAAAAUUAUUGAAGAAAAUUUUUUUUUAUAUUACGAAAAUGUUUUACUUCAUUUAAAAAAUAAAAACACAAUAUCAAAAUAUUUAUCUAUAUUUAUACAAUGUAUUCAUGACUAUAUGCCCCCUUUAUAUAUUCAGAGAAUUGUUUAUGUUUUAAUUAAAAAAUUUUUAAGUGAAUAUUUGUCAGAAGAAUUUGUAUAUUUAAUUAUAAAUGCCAUUAUAGAAAUAGUUAUUAAGUUCCCUAAUUGUUUAAAUGAAGAAAUUUUUGAAGCUGUUAUUGUUUUUAAAGAUUUCAAAAAUAAACAAAUUUCAAGUAUUAUUAGACGUUUCAUAAAUAUCUGUAAAGAAAUAAAUCCUCAAAUUUUGAAUAAAAAAUAUUUAGAUAAAAAAACAGCUAUGUUAAUUCAAAAAAAAAAAAUUCUGAAUUGUUCAGAAAUUGUUAAUGAUAAAUCCAUUUUACAAUAUUCAUAUUUGCUAGACAAAGAAGUAGGAAUUAAAAGUGAAAAUAUAAAAAAAGAAAAAAAGAAAAAUGAAAAAAAAAAUGAAAAUGAAAAUAUAGACAAAGAACAUAAAAAAGAAAAAAAGAAAAAUGAAAAAAAAAAUGAAAAUGAAAAUAUAGACAAAGAACAUAAAGAAGAAAAAAAGAAAAAUGAAAAAAAAAAUGAAAGUGAAAAUAUAGACAAAGAACAUAAAGAAGAAAAAAAAAAAAAUGAAAAAAAAAAUGAAAUGGAAGAAGAAGAAGAAGAAGAAGAAGAAAGUAAAAAAAUCUUAGAAAAAAAAAAGAGAAAAAGAGAUGAUGAAGAGAACAAAAUUACAGAGAGUAAUGAAAAAAAAAAUGAUAUAUUACCCCUACACAAGAAAUCAAAAAAAUUGAAAAGAAAAGAAGAGAAAAAGAAGAAAGAAUUAAAAAUAGUUGAAAAAAAUCAACAAAUAAUAAGCGAACAAAUUUUAACUGAUGAAGAUUUUAAAAAAUUAAAAAAAAUGAGAGAUUACAUUGAAAAUAACAAAAAUAUAGUUUUAUCAGAAUUGAGAGAAAUUUGCAAUGCAGAAGAUAGUGAAGAAGAAUCAGAAAGCAAUAGUGAAAAUGAAAAAGAAAAAGUAAUUACAGAAGAAGAUUUAUUGUAUAAAAAAAAAUUAAAGAAAAGUCAAAUAAUGAAAAUGAAAAAUAAAAAAAGUGAAAAUAAUAGAUUUAAAACAAAUAAAGAAAAAGAAAAAAAAAAAUCAGUUAUGAUGCUAAUACAAAAAUUUAAAAAAAAAAAAAAAAAUGCACUUUUAGAAUAUGGAAAACUUAAGAAAAAAUUAAAAGGAAAAUUAGCAGCUAGAGCAAAAAAGAAAGGAAUCUUACAAAAAAGAAUUGCAAAAAAAUUAAGUAGAAGAAAAAGAUAA